AAAUCAUGUAAAUCGUUCCUCUCUUCGGCGGGGCUCCUCCUCCUUGCCCUUCUCUAUCUUCCUCCUUUCUCGACCUCUUUCCUCGACCAUCCCCUCCAUCUCCUUCUCCAUCUCUAUCACUCCUCUCCUCGGAAUCAUCUCUACAUCUCUUCCUGCCUUUUCCUCUCACCCUGUCGUGAUAGACAAACUCCUUCAGAUAUCCUGCCCGAAUCAACCUCUCAAUCUCAUCUUUCAAAUGCCUGCAGUUUUCCGUAGUAUGGCCGUAAUCCUUGUGAAAUCGACAAUACAAAUCCGACCGGGGCCGAUGUGGACCGGUGAACCUU